GUCGUGAGGCCGACGAGGUGCUCAGCGUUGCGCAGCUGGAAGACACGGCCGGCAAAGCGAGCGAGAAGGUGGUUGCAGAGGAGUUCUUGCGCCUGGGGGCCGCGCAGGUCAGAGCCGCCCAGGUGCAAGUUCAAGACAUGUCCAUGAUGGACGAUCUGUGGCUGGAGGAGAUGAAGGACACCGACUCGCAGACGGCAAGCCUCAUCAUUCAGGCCACGUCCUUCAACCGUUGGGCUGUCAUUGAGCAAGACCUGGCCACCAGUGCCGAAAUCCUGCGCCCUCCCAGCUCCCUGGUGGACAUGGAGGAGCGUGCGAAGUUUGCCGAAGUUCUGCGAGCCCAGUUCCAACUUCACCUGCUGGUUUUGUCGAAGAUGUUCCGAUCGCUCCACGGCGGGCGGAAUGCCGUGCGCUUGCAGCAGGUCUUGGCGAGCAAGGCGCGGCGCUUGGCCCGCCUGCUCCUGCCGGACCUGAUCCUCCUCAGCGCCCGGGAUCUGAAUCGCGAAAGGCUCGGCAGCGCUCCAAAGACAUCAUGGCUGUCCAUGCGAGUCCUUAGCAGCCCCUUGCUGGCUGAACCCCGGAUGCGAAGAGCCAUGGAGAGAUGCCGAGCACUGGAAGACCUCGAGCUAAGCUACGGCAGCAAUCUCGCCGAGUUCGAGUAUCUGGUGAUCUGCCUGUGGCUUCCCCUCUACGAUGAGGAGAAGAUCGCCCUGCCGCUGCCCGUCAAGGAGGUCUAUGCUGUGGAUCUCCAGGCCUCGGGUGUCCAAGCCAUCGUCCGCGCCUGCUCUGCCACGCUCGGCUGUCGUUUGGAGGGCCUUUGCGCCCCUCUGAGGGGCCAUGGCAUUCGGCGAGCAGGGGCAACCUUCACAACCUCAGGACUUUGCACAGACUAUGUGAGUGGCGGUGUACUGGCCGCGGUGAUGACCGCAGUGGAGUUUCGGCCCAACAUCGGCCCGCAUACCCCGGUCGAGUCUGGAGUCAAGAACAGCACCUGCGCUCUGGCAUACCGCUACGCCGAGGAUGACAGUUGGCCCGAAGCCGCGCCUCUCGCCGCCAAAAGCGCCAUGGGAAAGGUUUGCUCGGUGCUCUCGGGGAGGCCCGCUCCGGCGGACAUCUGCGCCGUCAUAAAGGAGGCCGAGCACCGCGCGGAGGAGUGGGGAUUGCUGGGCCUCGGAGACUCUCGCGGCUUGGAUCUUACCAAGCAGUGUAGUUUAGGGUUUAGGGUCUAG